CUACCACAAAGAGAACAAGAAACAGAUACAUCCAUAGCGUGAUUCUGCUUUCAAUAUAAUUCAGCACACUUUUACUUUGAAGAGUUUCUACUCACGUGGUGCAGAGCUCUCAUCAGCUCUGGUUAUAGCUCUCUAUUUAAAAAACCUCCGGCAAAACUGGAUACCAGCUUUUGCCAUGUCUGCUUCUCCGGCCCUACUGAUCAGGCUGGUGGCCUCUGCUUACUCUGCGGCAGAAAAAGCUGCAAUCAUUGUCAGGAAUGUAAUGAGCGGUGGCGAUUUGGGAAUAGUGGAAAAGACUGGAGCUAAUGACCUACAGACUAAAGCUGAUCGUCUGGUGCAGCAAAGUAUAUGCGCAUCUCUGGCCAGAAAAUUCCCUAAGUUAACCAUAAUCGGAGAAGAGGAGCUACCUUCUGAGGAAGUAGAAGAGGGCCUGCUUGAACUGGGCCAGUCUGAGGAAAUACUCAAGUACACGUGCCCAACACAGUACACUGGCAUCAAGGAGGAAGAGCUUGUUGUGUGGGUUGAUCCUCUUGACGGCACUAAAGAAUACACUGAAGGUCUUCUGGAUCACGUGACUGUGCUGAUUGGAAUCGCUUAUGAAGGAAAAGCGAUAGCCGGAGUAAUAAACCAACCCUAUUAUAACUAUCAGGCAGGUAAUGAUGCUGUUUUGGGAAGAACUAUUUGGGGUGUUCUUAGCAUUGGAUCUUUUGGGUUUGAGCUGAAAGAAGUAUCGGAUGGGAAGCACAUUAUUACAACUACACGGUCUCACAGCAGCAAGCUUGUGAAUGAUUGCAUCGCUGCCAUUAACCCAGACAAGGUCAUACGAGUUGGAGGAGCAGGAAACAAGAUUAUUCAGCUGAUUGAAGGACAGGCAUCUGCUUAUGUCUUUGCCAGCCCAGGUUGCAAGAAAUGGGAUACCUGUGCUCCAGAGGCCAUUCUGCAUGCAGUGGGAGGCAAGCUGACUGAUAUCCAUGGAAACCCAUUUGAAUACCACAAGGAUGUGAAACACAUGAACUCAGCUGGUGUACUUGCAGCCCUGAGGAAUUUCAAUUACUACUCCUCUCGGGUUCCCGAAUCUGUGAAAAAAGCAUUGGUUCCCUAAUAGGAGGCUCCUGAAGAGGGUUAUUAAACAAGAUCCAUGGUCGCUGGAUUUAUAGCUCACAAUCACCACGGUUAAUAAGUAAAAAAGCAAAGGAAUAUGAUUAAUAAAUCACAAUAAAUAAAUGUUAUAGUACAUUAUAUUAUGCUGGUGUUCAAUGUGAAACCUAUGAUUAAGUCAGUGUGUGAUGAAGGAUAGACCAUCACUCAAAAUAUGGAAUCGGUUGUAUAAAGUUUGUGUUCAUAUUUUUGAUAGAGUUAAGUAGAUUUUAUACACAGUUGCAGAAUCACUUUUUUUUCUAUAAAAUAAAUUGUCUUGCCUAAUUAUAAGGAAUUCAUGCCAUUCUGCAAUUGUAUUAGAAUGUGAAAUUAACUCUACAAAAGAGGAACGUUUGCCCUAGUUUGCUCAUCACUUAUUUUAAAUCUCUACCAUCUGCCGAACACCUCCUUUGUAGCUUAAAGGAAGUGGUCCUUGCUCAAUUAGUAUGGACCCAUAUAACUUGUAAACGCUGGCAAAUACUACCUUUUUGUGAUACACAAGAAUGUCACUUAUCACAAAUCAUUUUUUUUUUCUUAAAUGUAAUUUUGAAGUCAUUCCAUUUUAUGCCAAAAGUGGCGUUUACACAAUACUAUAUUUUAAAGGUUAAAGGGAUAUAAAAACCUAUAUUAGCGUAUCUGAAUGACAAAGAGUUAAAUUGAUAGUUUAGUCAAAAUUAAACUUUUAUGAUACAGUAGAGCAUUCAAUCUUAAGCAACCUUCUAAUUUACUUCUACUAUCAAUUUUUCUUCCUUCUCUUGGUAUCUUUAUUUGAAAAAGCAAGAAUGGAACUUAGAAGCCGGACAAUUUUUGGUUAAACCCCCUGGGUAGGCUGGUAGCAUUUGCUGAUUAGUGGAUUACAUUUAGCCGCCAAUCAGCAAGCACUACCCAUGUGCUGAACCAAAAAUGGGCCAUCUCCUAAGCUUACAUUCUUACUUUUUCAAAUAAAGAUACAAAGAGAAUGAAGAAAAAUUGAUGGCUUAAAAUUGCAUGCUCUAUCUGAAUUAUUAAAGUUUCAUUUUGACUAGACUAUCCCUUUAAGCAUAAAGGACACCUCAAUUCCGAAAAAGACACCACUGCUUCUAGUACUUCUCACUGACCCUAAUUUACUCCUGAGUCAGCUCUGAUGUAUAUCUAUUAAUGGUAUAUUUUUGUCAUUUACUUCUUUGUUGAUGAAAGUUUGUGCAGAAAUGUUUCCUUGCAGCUAAUGAAAGUUGUGUUUAAAUAUUUGGUUGGAUUGGUGCUUUAAGUAAUCAUAAGAAAAUGAUUGUGUUUUAUGUCAGAGGUACAAAAAUAUUAAAGUGAUUUGUAUUGA